AUGUCGUCUUUGAAAACCUUAGCGCUCCUCGCCCUUAUCGUCGCUACGUCGGUCUUUGCGGCGGAAAUUGCUCAGGCGAGCGAGAUUGAGGGUCCACUGCCGAGGGCACGCGACGACGGGAGACCCCACCAUGUUAUCAAACGCAUCUACAUCCCAAGGAGGUCCAAGUUACGAAAAAUCAAGGUCGUUGCCGAUACGCCCAAAGUCCAGCCUGUCCAACCUCCUGGUGUGCACAUCACAGUCGAGGCGCAUGUCAAGAGGGACUAA